GACCCAUCCUUCGUCACGCCACGACCGUUGUCAUUGACGCUGAAUUGCUCUGCAUAAUAUAUCUCUCUGUUCAUCGUUUCGAGCCAGCAAGAAAGUUUUGCAAUCCUUCCAAGAAAAGCACAGAAAUGGAGGCAAUGAGGAUGAAGCUCUUCGUGACCCUGAUGGUGGCGCUCCUGGCUCUCGCCGCCGCCCAGACCACCACCGCCGCCGAAGCCCCGGCGCCGAGCCCGGCCUCGGACGCCUCCGCCUUCGUCCCCACCUUCUUCGCCUCCGUGGCAGCUCUUGCUUUGGGCUUCUUGUUCUGAGGCUCGCACGAUGAGGAGCAACGUAGGCGGCGAGAUCGCUUAUUUCCUCUUGCUUUCGCUCUCUCUCUAUUUAGCUCUUGGCUGAUGAGUUUGCGGCGGGAGAAGAGGAUUGGAGGGCAGAGAGAGAGAGAGAGAGGUUGUGGGGUUGGCUUGGUUUCUCUUCCUUAUUUUAUUAUAAAGUUAGGAUCUUUAGUGAGAUUGUGGUUGGGUCUGUGGUUGAUGAAGGGAUGAUGAUUUGUUUCUGGGUUUUCUUCUUUUUCACUUUUAAUCUGAUUCAUAUUCAUAUGUUCGAAGGCAUUGGGCAUGAUAUGCUUUCUGGGCUGUUGUGACUUUUAUCUAUGAAUACCCUGUUUUGAAGAAAUAAAAUUCCCUCGGGCUUCCAUGAA